CGAGGUCUGGCUGCGCGCAGUAUAUGACAGUACGUCAGCAGCGGGAUGGCCGUAGCUGUGGCGGCGGCUGCAGAAGCCCAAGCAGCCGCGGCCGCAGUGGAGGCUAGAGCCCGAGCGGCGUCGGCGUCGGCACCCCGGGGAGUUUAAGAUGGCGGCAGGGGGGGCGGCGGGCCUGCGGGAGGAGCAGCGCUACGGGCUGUCGUGCGGGCGUCUGGGACAAGACAACAUCACCGUACUGCAUGUGAAGCUCACCGAGACGGCGAUCCGGGCGCUCGAGACCUACCAGAGCCACAAGAAUUUAAUUCCUUUUCGACCUUCCAUUCAGUUCCAAGGGCUCCAAGGGCUUGUCAAAAUUCCUAAAAAUGAUCCCCCCAAUGAAGCGCACACCUUUAACUUCUAUUUGUCAAAUGUGGGUAAAGACAACCCUCAGGGCAGCUUUGACUGCAUCCAGCAAACAUUCUCCAGCUCUGGAGCCUCCCAGCUCAAUUGCCUGGGAUUUAUACAAGAUAAAAUUACAGUGUGUGCAACAAACGACUCGUAUCAGAUGACACGAGAAAGAAUGACCCAGGCAGAGGAGGAAUCCCGCAACCGAAGCACAAAAGUUAUCAAACCCGGUGGACCAUAUGUAGGGAAAAGAGUGCAAAUUCGGAAAGCACCUCAAGCUGUUUCCGAUGCAGUACCUGAGAGGAAACGGUCAACCCCCAUGAAUCCUGCAAAUACGAUUCGGAAGACACAUGGCAGCAGCAGUGUUUCUCAGCGGCCGUACAGGGACAGAGUGAUUCACCUACUGGCACUGAAGGCCUAUAAGAAACCUGAGCUGCUGGCUCGACUGCAGAAAGAUGGUGUCAAUCAAAAAGACAAGAACUCCCUUGGAGCAAUUCUACAACAGGUAGCCAAUCUGAAUCCAAAGGACCUCUCAUAUACCCUAAAGGAUUAUGUUUUUAAAGAACUUCAGAGAGACUGGCCUGGAUACAAUGAAGUAGACAGACGGUCAUUAGAGUCUGUGCUCUCAAGAAAACUAAAUCCAUCUCAGAACGCUGCCAGCACCAGCCGUUCAGAAUCUCCCGUAUGUUCUAAUAGAGAUGUUGCAUCUUCUCCUCAGAAACGGCUUUUAGAUUCAGAUUUCAUUGAUCCCUUAAUGAAUAAAAAAGCUCGAAUAUCUCACCUGACAAACCGAGUGCCACCAACAUUAAAUGGCCAUUUGAAUCCCCCCAGUGAGAAAUCUGCCGCUGGCCUCCUGCCGCCCCCUGCAGCCGCUGCCAUCCCUACCCCUCCACCGCUUCCUCCAACCCACCUGCCCGUCUCCAAUCCUCCUCAGACUGUAAACUCUAACUCCAAUUCCCCCAGCACUCCAGAAGGCCGGGGGACUCAAGACCUACCUGUUGACAGUUUUAGUCAAAACAGUAGUAUCUAUGAGGACCAGCAAGAUAAAUAUACCUCUAGGACUUCUCUGGAAACCUUACCCCCUGGUUCAGUUCUACUAAAGUGUCCAAAGCCUAUGGAAGAAAACCAUUCAGUGUCUCACAAAAAGUCCAAAAAGAAGUCUAAAAAACACAAGGAGAAGGACCAAAUUAAAAAGCACGACAUUGAGAUGACAGAAGAAAAGGAAGAGGACCUUAAAAGAGAAGAGGAUAUUGCCAAGCUGAGCAACUCCAGUCCAGAUUCCAAUGAAGGAGUUAAAGAGGGUUGCACUGCCUCCACGGAGCCUUCUUCAACAAUUGAACUCCCAGAUUAUUUGAUAAAAUAUAUUGCUAUCGUCUCCUAUGAGCAACGCCAAAAUUACAAGGAUGACUUCAAUGCUGAGUAUGAUGAGUACAGGGCCUUGCAUGCCAGGAUGGAGACUGUAGCUAGAAGAUUUAUCAAACUAGAUGCACAACGAAAACGGCUUUCUCCAGGCUCAAAAGAGUAUCAGGAGAGUUUUAAAAAGAGCCUUGUGGUCUGUAAGCCUGAGUGCUUCUUAUCCAUGCAGGUACUGGAGGGGGUUGGCACAGAUCAAUUCAGCAGCCAGGCAGACCAUCUGUGUGGUGUGACUCUAAGGAGGUCAUGGUGGGCAGGGAGGAAACCCCAACAAGAGGGGUGGAGAAACAUGCCAAAAGGUCAGAGAAGCUGAAAAGAAGAACUUCUAGGAAUAAAAUGAGCAGAAGUUGGGAAGCAAGGUGGGUAUUUUCUGAGAAACCACUUUAUAGCAUACAAUGCUUUGUGCUUCUUCCAUGCAAUUUUUUUUUUUUUUGCACACAUUCUCAAUCCUCCCUCUAAACUCUUUUUAUCAUGAGGGGGAAUAUCCCACCAAGAAAAAAAUAGGCUUAGAGGGGUCACAUGGUAUCAGUACUAGGACAAGAAUACCAGUCUUGUCGCUCUACCAUACCCCACUUCCAGCGUACCUCAGGAGCUUGCCCUCUAGGACUUGGUGCUGAUCCCCAAGAUCUACCUAGUUACUGAGGGGACCCAGCAAGGUCUCCUCCCAGCAAACUCAUGUUCUUCCUCCUUGAAAUUUAGUCUCUCCUGUAAGAGUACCCCUACUUACAGAAGGUAAAUUUCUAUCCCUAUCUUGCACUGAGCCAGGUAUUCCUCAGUGCCUUGGCUUCUUCAGCCAGGUAAACACCUAAAUCUACUAUGAAAAUGCCUCAUUCUGGAACACUACCCUUGAGUUCAGGCCAUUCCACAUCACGGGCAUCCUUCCCAGGCUCCCAUCCAUGACUGUAACCAUCCCUUCCUCCUGUUUUCUCCUGGGGGGUGGGAUGUCCUCCGUCACAGCCAGACGAAGUUUCCCCCUGGCAGUGGGAACAGAACUUUAAAGGACACUCCUAAGCCAAUCAGUUUCACCAAACCAUUUUUCUAACUCCCCUACCAUGACUGUUAUGGUCAUCCAAUGAAAAAUUAAAAUUUGUCCUUUGUCUUUUUCUUAAUCUGUGGUUUAAAAAAAAGUCCUUUCUACUCUUGACAACAAUUUCCAAUAGUACAUAGUAAAUAAAAUAAAUAGCAAACGCCCCCUGUUCACACUCAUCUACCUCAGGUCCCGGAGGUAGCCACGAAACAUGCACAGUAUCAUGCAUAGUCUUCUCUUUGGUUCAAAUAGGAUAUCAAACUAUAGUCUGCAACUUAAUUUUUUAUUUAAUAACACUGCUUGAACAUCAUUCCAUGUUAAUCCCUGUUGACUUAUUUCAUUCUUUUUAACAGCUGCAUGGUAUUCCAGCACUUAGGUCAUAAUUUCAUAAUUUAAUCACUCCUGAGAUUCAGGAUUAUUCCUAAUAGUGAAAAACUGAAAUCACCAACAAUGGCCAUAUAAAUUCUCUUUAGAAAAAAAAAAAAAGAUUUUAUUUAUUUAUUUAGAGAGAGAGUGCACAGGAACAAGGAGAGGGGCAGAGGGAAAGAAAGAAUCUCAAGCAGACUCCACACUGAGCACAGAACCUGAUGCGGGGCUCGAUCUCUUGACUCUGAGAUCAUGACCUGAGCUGAAACCAAGAGUUGGACGCUUAACCCACUGAGCCACCCAAGGAAAAAAUUCUUUUUAAACUGAAUGGUUUAACAUUUUAGUCAGUAACCCUGCUGACAAUAUCUACCUUACCUUGCCUUAUCACCAAAUCCUCUUAAAGCAUGAGAGAACCAUAAAACUUAAAGACUGUUCAGAGGAUGUUCAGAAAUCAUUUACAGAUGCAAAAAAUUUAAAUAUUAUUCAUCAGUUUCUAAAAGUGGUCAAGUACAUUUUGUUUCUUAAGUUCAACAACCUUUGAUGGUAGCUGUGGAUCCAAGCUAUGAAUGAGGAGAGAAGAAAAAAGCUAAUUUCGCUACUGACCAUUUUGGACUAUUACAUGUUUAUAUUGUACUUUUACGAUGUUUAGGAUUUACAAUAGUUACAUUCUGUUCUUUAACCAUAAUGUUGUGCAUUUGGUUUAGUUCAGUGGAUUCAAGACUCUACCUCAAUUCUUUGACUCUAAGCCUUCCCCAUUCCUGAGACUUUAUUUUGAUUCAUCUCAUAGUUAACCAGAUUUUACUGUGUACUUUUUUCCCCUAAUGAAAUAUCUCCAAUGGGAAAUUUGAGGUCAGUCUGUUCGUUUCUCCUUUGUAAGAAACAUGCUUUUUUCGCCUAGAUGCCCAUGUGGAUUCUUAUACUGUCCUUAAAGUUCAACUAACUUGACUAUGUAUCUUUGUGUUGAUGAUUCUGUUACAAGUUUCUUCCCGCAAGAUCUCUUUCAAUGCACAGUCAGAUCAUAGUUUGUUCCCAUGGAGUUUUCAUUUUAUUUUUGAUAUUUUUAUUUUCUGUUCCAUUUGUUCUGUUACAUACUUUAGGAACACUAUCAUCCCAUAUGCUGACUGACUGUUGUCUGGCUGGCUGUCAUCUUGUACUUAGUUUUAUUUAUUUGGAGAUCUGCGCCCCGCCCCCCCCCAUAAAUGCUAUUUUAUUCUCUUUGGUCUGACCUCUGCAUCACUGAAUAUGUUUUCAACAUCUGUUCUAAUGCGGUCUUCAUUUCUAGGAUAGUUAUAUUAUCUUCAAUUUCAUUCAUCACUCUUAGCUUACUUUGUCUUCUUUUGCCUAUUCUUCUUUGCCUAUAUUAUUUCACUUCAGAAUUAUUUCACAAAAACCUUCUGUAUUUUUAAAAUUGGGAGUGCAGACAAAUACACAUCUGAAAAUCCUUGGUGUGCUACAAUGAUUAUUCUUAAGAGUAUUAUGCUUCAGGACGCCUGGGUGGCUCAGUCGGUUGAGCGUCUGCCUUCGGCUCAGGUCAUGAUCCCAGGGUCCUGGGAUCGAGUCCCGCAUUGGGCUCCCUGCUCCGCGGGGAGCCUGCU